GACUGAGCCAGCCAGGGACCCUGAAGAGGUUACUGUUUCCUGCCCACCAUUGCAGGGAGCCCCCUCACAGAGAACAUGUUUACGGACUGUCCACCCCAACUGGACCCCCCCCCCCGUGUGUGCUGGUGCUGAUGGAGCUCCUGGUUCGUGGGGAAGUGGACAAGCCUCCGCGCUUGUGAGGACCUGCCAUGGCUCAGGGCCCCGCCAACGUUACCGGUUUAAUCAUCACAAUGACCCUGACAGCUGUGAGGUAGAGCAUUGGGAUUCGGAUGAGCCAAUCCCCGCCAAGGAGCUGGAGCGAGGUGUGGCGGGGGCCCAUGGCCUGCUUUGCCUCCUCACUGAUCGAGUGGACAAGAGGCUUCUGGAUGCUGCAGGAUCCAAUCUCAGAGUCAUCAGCACCAUGUCUGUCGGCCUUGACCACUUGGCUUUGGAGGAAAUCAAGAAGCGAUCUUUGCUUCGUAGCGGCAUCCGUGUGGGCUACACCCCAGAUGUCUUGACAGACACCACGGCAGAACUUGCCAUGUCCCUGCUGCUCACCACCUGUCGCCGCUUGCCAGAAGCCAUGGAGGAGGUGAAGAACGGUGGCUGGAGCGCGUGGAAACCCCUGUGGAUGUGUGGCUAUGGACUCACGCAAAGCACCGUGGGCAUCAUCGGGCUGGGGCGCAUCGGCCAGGCCAUUGCUCGGCGUCUGAAGCCAUUUGGCAUCCAAAGAUUCCUGUACACGGGGCGCCAGCCCAGGCCUCAGGAAGCUGCAGAAUUCCAGGCUGAGUUUGUGUCCACCCCCAGGCUGGCCGCUGAGUCUGAUUUCAUCAUCGUGGCCUGCUCCUUAACCCCUGCAACCAAGGGGCUCUGCAACAAGGACUUCUUCCAGCAGAUGAAGAGCACAGCCGUGUUUGUCAACAUCAGCAGGGGAGAAGUGGUGAACCAGGACGACCUGUACGAGGCCUUGACUAGCGGGCAGAUUGCGGCUGCUGGGCUGGAUGUGACGACCCCGGAACCGCUGCCCACAGACCACCCGCUCCUGACCCUGAAGAACUGCGUGAUCCUGCCCCACAUUGGUAGCGCCACCUAUGGAACCCGAAACACCAUGUCCUUGUUGGCAGCUAACAACUUGCUGGCUGGCCUGCGAGGGGAGCCGAUGCCCAGGGAGCUCAAGCUGUAGCGACAGGAGCCGCUGAGGGUCAGGAGGCCCAUUGUGCCCCUGGAGUCUGUCAGCGGAGGCUUGAUCUGGACCCACAGGACGGGAGCCAAGGGAAAAAAGUCUGAUCUGUUCUGAUCCUGCAGAAGGAAGACUGGUGCUGACACACAGGCUUGCUGCUUUUGUGGUUGGAAACAUCUGAGCCAAAAGUAUGUGAUCCUAUUAAAUAAUUCUCUGAGACA